CAGCACCAACACCCCACCCCUCCCGGCUCACUUCCACUGCACAGUGUAAGUCCAGAGCCUGCAGUGCCUGAACACGCCAACCCAAAGAUCCAUAAGAGGCUAUAGUAAUCUACCGGCUUUUCAGAGAGGACAAUAGGACCAAACUGCAAGGCAGCUAGGGGUAGCCUGGAAAAAAAAAGGGAGAAAAAAAACUGCACUGGACAAGUGAGAAGGGGUCAAAUUCUAUGAAGAGGGACAAUCACAGAAAAAAAUCACCUUUACCAGAGCAGCAGCUGGUCCUGAGGCUGAAAGCAGGAGAGCAGAGAGGAGAGGUGCCGGACAGCAAAAAAGGAGCAGAGAAAAAAGUGACUGGAAUGAUAAGAUGAGAAGAAGGCAUGUGCUGCUGAGGCUUUUUCUCAAUGAGGCCCUUCUGGAGCUGGUGCUGGUGUUGUGGCUGGGGUCGCGCGUCGUCGCCGUGUGCCCCGCCGUGUGCUCCUGCAGCCCCAGCCACCGGGAGGUGGACUGCUCCUGGAGGGGUCUGAGGCAGCUGCCCGACGGCUUGCAGCACAACCUGCGCACCCUCAACCUGUCCCACAACCGCUUCCACGACCUGGACGGCCGGCUCACCUCCUACACCCACCUCCGCAUCCUGGAUCUGUCCCACAACCGGCUGGUCCGGCUGCCCGCGGACCUGCCUCGGUCCCUCUGGCAGCUCCACGCCACCUCCAACCGCCUACAGCUGCUGGACAAGAAUGACACGGUGUAUCAGUGGAACCUGCGGGUGCUUGACCUCUCCCACAACAAGAUGGAGAGGGCCAUUUUCAUCAACAAUACCCUGAGCAAUCUGCGCACACUCAACCUCAGCCACAAUCACUUCUGGACUUUGCCCACCAACUUGCCCGCACACCUAGAGGCCAUUGACCUCUCCCACAAUUUGCUGGUGAAGGUGCUGCCGGGUUCUUUAGACCGGCUCUCCAGACUGGCUCACUUCUACCUGCAUGCCAACCGCUUCUCCACGCUGCCCUCUGGAGUGCUGGACAAGCUCACGUCGCUUAAAGUCAUCACUUUGGGUGGAAACCCCUGGGACUGUCACCGCUACAGCGACAUCGCCUACCUACUGUCAUGGAGUCAACGCACCCCUGCGCGAAUCCUGGGCUGCCCCUGCCACACCCAGCCCGUGUGCGGAGGGGUGCGCCCCGGCAGAACGGGAGGAUGGCACUUUGGCUCCUACAACUUGCCCCCUCUGGCAGCCAGCGCCCAGGAGGUGAGCUCCACGUCGCCCGAGGCCUCGGUGACAGGGUGGUGGUACAUGUCGGUUUCCGCCCUGCUCAGCACUCCACACCCCCCAGAGGAGACGGCGAACACGCCGCACCACACCUUCGCGGCUCAUCCUAUUAGCGUUUCCACUGUGACACCCAGAACUGUGGGCACCCGCCUAACUGUUAAUCACCAUUCUGAACCCGCGAGCACAGCUGACAGAGAGCACAUGGGGCACGGAGAUUUCCAUCUCACCUCCGGCACGAGGGAAACCUCCCCCACCGACUCACUCCACACCACUGACACGUCCGCUUUUUCUGACAUGAGCCUCAUUAGUGCAACAACCCGUCGGGAUGACAUGACACUGGCCGGAGAUUGGUUCUUCACCACAGAGAGCGCCUUUAUCCAAACUAAAAAGACCACCACUCUCCGCACCAGAAGCGUGAGAAGACAGAAUCAGUCCUUUCCCGGUGGUGCCAGUGGCAACAGCUCAGCUCUUUCUGUCUGUUUCUCACUCCUUUUCCUCCAAAACCUGGGACUUCUGUCUCUUAUCCUCACUGAAGUCCUCUGAAA